AAAGUGGUCUAUUCCAGCCAAUGAGAAGUUAGCCCGGAACUGUCCUAACGCCUCUCAUAUUACAGCAGCAAGCAUGGGGAAGACUGGGACACCGGGUGGAAAGAUCAACAGACCCAAAACAGAGCUGGGCAAGAAGCUCUAUAAGCGGCGGAGGAAUCUGACCCGCGAGAAGAGGAGGAGACACAUCAAGGUGGGAGCUGUGGUGGACGAAGGACUCACCACCAUCCACCAUCUCAGGAAGAGAAACUCCAGCCCCAGAGCCAACAUCACUCUGUCUGGGAAGAAGAAACGCAAGCUGCUCAAACAGCUGCAACACAUGAAAGCAGAGAAGGCCGCUCUGGAAGUUGAGGCAGCACCAAAGAAGGCAGCAGCACCAAAGAAGGCAGCAGCACCAAAGGCAGCCAGACGCCAGAAAGGGGUGUGUCCCAGGGGAUGUGGACAUGGCAGAUAUGGAAUGAGAAGAGGAUGACCGACUGUUCUGUUGGCGCCAGACCAGGCUCCAUAUUCAGACCGGGCUCCAUAUUCAGACCGGGCCCCAUAUAUAUGAAUAUGAUUUUAUGGACAGGGGGCUGAUCCUGGAUCAGUUUUAGCCUUUUAGACCUAAUGAAUAUGAUUACAUGGACAGGGGAGGCCUGAUCCUGGAUCAGUUUUAGCCUUUUAGACCUAAUGAAUAUGAUUACAUGGAUGGGGGAGGCCUGAUCCUGGAUCAGUUUUAGCCUUUUUGUCCUAAUGAAUAUGAUUACAUGGAU